AUGACAACACAAUCAUCUUCAACAACAAAACCAAUAUCACUUGAUAGUAUUAUACGCCUGUGUGGUGAUCUUGGUCCAUUUCAACUCAUACAUUUGUUUUUUAUGAAUCUCAUUUCGAUGACUGCAGGAAUUGUUGCUUUCUAUUAUGUAUUUGGUGCAGCUGAUGUAAACCAUCGAUGUCGAUUGUCACCGUCGGUAUGGCCCAACGAUGUGCAUUAUAAGCCGAUAAAUCAAACGCACGAAGCUCUUAUCAAUGAGUACAUUCCGAAAGGAACAGAUGGCAAAUGGGACAAGUGUAUGCGCUAUACGACCAACGAUCAGCAUCGAACAUUGAUCAAUUGUCCGAAUGGUUGGGCAUACGAUCGAUCUGUUUUUGGUUAUUCAUUUACUGAAGAAGCUAAUCUUGUUUGUCAUAGUGAACCAAAGAAAAGCUGGCUGAAUACAUUAAUGCAAACAGGUGGCUUCUCGUUGCUUAUGAUCGGUUCUUUAGGUGACAAGUUUGGACGAAAAAGAACAACCAUUAUAACAACUAUUCUUCUGUUCGUACUGUGUGUCAUUACACAAAUCUUUUUGCAAUGGAUACCAAUGACAGUAAAUGCCAAGUAA